AUCAUUCAGGAACGCCUAAAGUGUUGACGCCUGUGUUGUGUUGCAAGUUUGUUUCUUUUUAUAGGACACGUCGAGUAUUGUGCCGCCUCAGCUUCCUCUCAGGGAACCAGGAAUGAGAAUAUAACAUAGCACGUAUAGGGUAUGAGUAAUUAACUUAUGAAAUAUUGCUGAAAAGACAGAAUUGGUGGAUGAGUCUGUCGGAAAAGUUUGUGAGCAGAUUGUCGCAUACCACCGUGACCUUUCUGGAUUUGUGGCGCCAACCUGCCUCACGUGAUAUAAAGUGGUAUGGUAGUGGAAAUAAUUUGCACAGUGACCGUCUACCACAGCAGCAAUAGAACGGUCAGAAAGGAAACUUGAGAUGAAGUUACAGAGAGAAGGAUAGAAACCGUAGGAGGGUAGUUUGGAAAUCAUGACUUGACACUGACAUGAUGUAGUGUACUUCCUGUAGUGUACGUCUGUAAAAGUAAAAGUUUUAGACCGCCCCCUUUUAUUAACUCACAAAUCUGCAUUGAAAUCAGAGGUGCCUCCCAGAGCCACGUCCACAAAUUGCAUGAACAGCACGGCUCCCAUCACACACUGAGCCCCGGGAACACUUCCUGUGCGCCUCACGAUAACCAAUGCUCCCAACUGCCCCCGCCCCCACUGCCCACCUCUUCUGCAAUGCACAUUACUCGAUUAUGUGUUCCGCCACCCAAAAACCCUGAUUUUCCACCGGCCCCCAAGAUUGUUGGGGCUGAGGUGUAGGCAAAACCUGAAGGCAUAACCUCAAAAAUUACACAUUUGUGACAGUAAAGAGAUGAGCGUGGCUGACACACAGACAGCAGGCACUCGGGCCAUCACCACCUGCAUUGCUGUGGUGCAAUUGCUGUGGUGUGGUGCUGUGCAUUAAGCAACUUUGUUGCUUAAUGAAGAGCAACCUUCUGGGAGUUAAUUCUGAAUUACUGAACAUAAAAGAGACAUGGUUACCUAAGUGGAACAACCAUGAAGACCGGCACACCCAGGGACAGGUCAGCAGCCGUGGCAAGACUUCUGCUGCUGCCAUUGGUACUGUUGUUGUCAUUGAGCCUUGGAGGCUUCCCCACCCCUACUCUGGCCCAGGAGGACUGUGAUGCUGCUGAUGUAGUCGUGGAAGAAGGAGAAUUACGCAGCAUCUCUAACAAAAAAGUACAAAGUCACAUUGUCAGCCUCAACCUGUAUAUGAAGACAGAGAGCAGUUUUGAGGGCAUUACUGUUAAAGUGAUAGGAACAGAUGGCAUUGAAUACACUGCCUGGUUUCCUGCAGAGAACAGAUGUUUCCCCCAUGAUGACACCUGGUAUGAGCUGCUUGUAUUUGCAAAGAUAAAGAAUGAUACCUCAACUACUGAGUUUGGCUUUGAAAAUGGAUUAUGCAAGGAGAAGUGCAAGAAAGACACAAACCCACCAGGCCUGCAGAGCCAUAGUUUAGGGGCUCAUGGCACCUCCCGCUGGACCCUCACAUAUCCCAAAGGCUGUCCCACUGUCACAUUGGACAUCAUAUUAUAUGGUCCCAAAGAACUGCCCACCUGCAUGGAACCACCACCACCACCUCCAAAGUUAAAGAACACAUUGGCGAUGGGAUCUUAUUUUCUUUUGAUGGUGGUGAUAGUGGUGGCAGUGAUAUUCAAAUAGAAGUCAUUUCAUCUUUUUGGUAAAUCAGAAACUCCACUAAAUAAAACAACAACUGGCCAGACAACCUCUGCAGAAGGCAUCUUGUACAAGUGGACUAACAAUCAGGGACAGCAGAGUUCAACUGGCUGCACACUGGACGAAGUGUAACUGGCAGGAGCUUGAGUCCAUGAAAAUUUUAUUGAGAGUAAGUAUACAGUUGUCCUUGCAUUAAAGUACAGUUUGAUCAGUAAGGGAUAACCUGCCUAUAUCACACUCAGAUGAGAUGCCUCAGCAAACCAGACGCAGCAAUGGCAGGGGUGUUGCCUCACUGUGACCACAGAUGCUACAAUUCCCCUGCAAGAUUGAGUGUGGUGUAUGCUCCACCAUUAGUCCCCCCCACCCUGUGCCUGCCAUUCCCCCCCUUCCCACCAAUGAGAACAAAGCAUUAUCCCUCCCCCACCACAAUUACUGUCCAGUGAGUACCAAGUUUGUCCUUUCCACCCAGUAAGCACUAAGUUUAUCAUCCCACCCAGUGCCUACUGUCCCUCACCCACUGAGUACUAAGCUUGUCUCUCCCUCAACACUUUUUUUUUUUUUUUUUUUUUUUUUUUUUUUUUUUUUUUUUUGUCUUGUAGAAUGUGCAAAAAAUUGUGUAUUUGUUCCUUGAUGUGGCACAUUUGCAUAGCCAUGCUGAUUACUUUGUUGAAAUAUUUCAGCAUUUAUGUAUUUAGUAAAUUAUUAUGAAAAAAAACAAUGCAGAUAACAAAAGUCUUGAGAAAAGGAAAUCUCUUCUGAAAAAUCUCAUUUAAUUUAGAUCACAGAUAUGAUGUCAUGAUCACAGCCUUGCAGGAAUGACAAUCCUAGCAACCCUCCGCUAGUGCUUGCAUUUCCUUCAGGUGUUGUGCUGAAAACAGUGAGGGAAGUCCGCCAUCAAAAAAUGGGCAUAAUUUUUUAAAACAUAGUAAGUAGAGUAUUAUGUUGUGACAGCACCUGCCGGCUCAGAGGCAGAGUGGGUGGAUUUCUUGUUUGUGGUAAAUUGAAAUGUUUCUUGUGAGGGGACUUAAAUACCCUGAGUGUGAGAGAAAAAUUUCAAGUAAUUUUACAUUUAUUUUGAGCACCUUGAAAUUACAAUAUGAUAAUUGUGGUGCCACUGUACACACCACAUUGCCUAUUGAAGACCCUGGAUGUAGGUUAGCUCUUCAGUGGACUGUCCCCUUCACCAGGACUGUCCUGUCAUCUGGACCAGCUACACUGUGAUGAUGGCUGUGUGUGUGUGUGUGUGUGUGUGUGUGUGUGUGUGUGUGUGUGUUUGACAAAAGCUUAUUCCAAAUGUCAGUAUUUAAUAGCAAUAAAUGGCAGUGUGUGUGUGUGUGUGUGUGUGUGUGUUGUAAUUUGUCUGUGAUAUCCUGUGUGGGAUUGCUGGCCUGAUAUAAAAAAAAAGACCUGUACGUGUUUAGAACUGUAACAAAGCUACAGUUUGUCUUUACAAAACAUUAUGUGCCAUUAGCUUUCUUAAUUUAACAUUUUUGUUAAGCCCCAUCGGGGCUGCUAUCCAUGGAGUGGCCUGCCUGCCAGAGCCCCUGGCCUGGGUGUGUGUGCAUCACAUUUUGAUCUUGUGAAGUGUGCAGUAAUCCAGAGCAGGUUAGCCGCUCAGUAAUCCAGAGCAGGUUAGCCGCUCAGUAAUCCAGAGUAGGUUAGCCUCAUCAUUAAAUUUUUUAGCUUUGAAAUUGGCAAUGUGUAACAUUCAUACUUAGUGAAACCACCACAUGCUUUAUAUGACUGUGAUUCUACCAUUAAAAUAAAGUAUUCUGAGUUUUAUGCUAUAUCUAUUUUGUAUUUGAAUGCUGUUUUAAGAAAAACAGAUGGCAUUUCACACAGAGUGGGGCCUGCAAAAGAGCACUUCAGCCAUGGCAGGAGUGCUGGGGUGCUGUGUUGUGGCACAUUAAAGGGAACUGUUUUGUAUCUGGCGUAUAGGAUGACCCCAUUUUUUAGAUUCAAGCGUCGUCUUAUACACCAAAAUGUACAGUACUCAUUCAGUCCCGGUGUUGUUGGCAUUCUGCACACUGCAAGUGUGCUAGAGUCCUUUAUCCCUAAAUCCUUUUGAUUAUAGUUGAAGCUGAAGGCUAGUGACAUUAAUAUUGUAACCAAAUUAUGGGUGUUCCCAAUAUCUUGUAAAUAAUGAUAAUAUGGCAGUGCCCACAUUUCCAGCAUGCAUCGUAACAAGUUAGGAGAUUGACCGUGUGAAUUAUGUGAGGUGUUGGGAGACGCAAUGUUUCCAGCAUGUGCCUCCUGGCAGACAUUCCACCCAGUACAGUAAAAUUCCUCUUAUCCGGCAUCAACGGGACCGCCGACAUGCCGGAUACUUGAAUAGAAGUGAAAUUAUGUCCACAAUCACCACCCUACACUCAUGCAUCUUACCAUAACAAAGAUCAGCUGAUCGCCGCGCCGCGCAUCACCACACGCGCUGUCGCCACCCUCGCUGCCACCUCACACUCACCAACACAGUUGUAGCAUUGGGCCUGUAAUCGUGACUCCUUAUGAUCUUUUCAAGCUGAACCACUCGUGUAACACUUUGUCCAUCAUUUCACCACGAUGAUACUGCAGUGUGUGACGAUUUUCCGCUGCCUUUGUGGUGUCGGUGGCUUUCAUGUAAUCCCGCAACUUUUUCGUUUGGGAUUUAAUGUCAUAAAUAGUUGAUGAGCCCACACCAUAUUCUGCCAUUAGUUGCUGUCUGCUUUCACCUCUCUCAAAUUGUCGACAAGUGUCUACCUUCUGCUUAAGUGUAAGCACAACACGCUCCCUCUUUUCUACAACUCUAGACAUGAUGAAGGCAUCAGGCGAUAAACAGUGCACACGCAGGACUGAGUCACUGAGUAAACACAGUGCAGUGGGCCGUGGGUGGCGCGAAGCAGUGCACUCUGGUGGCGAGGGGACAAAGUAUGCCUCGCGCGGGAAUUUUAAUCGAUUUUAUGAGUACACAUUGAUUUUUUAUUGAUUUUAAGGCUCGGGGAAAAAUGUGCCGGAUACUUGAAGCUGCCGGAUACUCGAAUGCCGGAUGAGAGGGAUUUUACUGUAUCUAGAUAAGUAUUUUAUUUAGUUACAGGCCUGUGCUGAUGGGUACUUGGCUAUACCUGGGUGUCUGAUCCAAGAUAAGUAUUUAUGACCUGGCACUGGCCUUGUAUGCCGGCUGGCCAUAAAAUUAUUACAACAUGUAAAAAUGAUGGUAAUCGGUCCUUCAUUUUUAAUAUCAGUGAUAUCUCACUCACGGUUAUGAUAUACUAUGUAAUCAAAGCAUUAUAUCUAAAUUAUAAUCCAGAAUUACAUAAUGAAGAACAUUUCCUUAAUAUUGUCCCUCUGUAUAAAAUAUAUAAAAUAAAGUAAAAUUCUGGCUAUUUCAAACGUGCCCUUUCAAACUAAUUUCAAACUAAUGUCUGGCAAAAAACUGAGAUAUUAUUAUUAGGUAAAGGUAUUUGUCUUGUUAGUGGCAAAUUAUUAUCUAUAUCUUUUUCUUCAAUGUGUUGGAAAUUUGUUAGGGAAAAAUAGUGUUGUAUAUGCUACUAAGAAAGACGGGCCACAGAAAACAUGGAAUUAGCCUUAUUUAUUUUAUUUUAUUUAUUUCUGCUGUUUUGAUAGGCAUAGAAAAAUUAGUACCUCUGUUGUAACGAGUAUUUUUUAUUAUUUUGCAUUAAAUGGCAUUAGUUUUCAUGGUAAAUUAUUUCUUGCAAUUGUGAAAAAGCCAGACCGACAGACAGACAGACUGACGGGAACACAGAGAAACAAGAAGACAGACAAACAGAUGAACAGAGAGAUAGAGAGAAAGAUGGAUAAACAGACAGACAGACAGACAGAUAGAUAGACAGACACACAGACAUACAGACAGACUGACGGGAACACAGAGAAAUAAGAAGACAGACAAACAGAUGAUUAGAGAGAUAGAGAGAAAGAUGGAUAAACAGAACGACAGACAGAUAGACAGACAUACAGACAGACUGACGGGAACACAGAGAAACAAGAAGACAGACAAACAGAUGAACAGAGAGAUAGAGAGAAAGAUGGAUAAACAGACAGACAGACAGACAGAUAGAUAGACAGACAUACAAACAGACUGACUGACUGACAGGAACACAGAAAAACAGGAAGACAGACAGACUGACAGAUGAAGACAGAGUGAAAAACAGAUAUACAGAAAGAAAGAAAGAAAGACAGACUGAUGGGAACAAGAGAAAUAAGACACACUGACUGACAGAUCAACAGGUAGACAGAAAGAAAGACAUAAACAGACAGUCAGAGAUAGACAGACAAGCAAAUAGAAAGACAGAAAUAGACAGACACAGGAAGAUGGACAAAAAAAAAAAAUAAUAAUAAUGACAGACGGUUAACAGACACAAACAGUUAGGAGAUUAAACACUUCUAACAUGACAUUCUGUUUUAUUUCACUCAAGAAUAAGAAUAAUGAUAAUAAUAAUAAUAAUAGUAAUAAUGGUGAUGAUAUAAUAAUAAUAAUAAUAAUUUAACCAACAUCAUUGUAAUAUUAACUUUUUUCUCCUCACUUACACACGAACAAUCUCACUACAGUUACAUUCACUCCAGUUAUUAAGUAAAGAUAGCCUGAUAUUUAUGACUUCCUCUGCUAAAAAAUAAAUAAAUAAUAAAAUAAAAGUCUUCAGUAUUCUAAUUGUCUAUUAAUUUCUUGGUCUAAAUUUUUUUCCACUGCAUUAUUAUUACUAUUACAAUUUCCUUUUAUUAGAGUGCAUAAAUUACUAUCAUCAUUAUCAUUGUUGUUCUUUUAGGUUUUCUUUAUUUACUUGUCUAUUUGUCUCAUUUCUAUACUUUUUUUUUUUAAUAUGAGUGAUUCUUAUUUCUUUUAAUUCCCUAUUUUCUUCUUCUCUCGUAAAUGAAUAUUCAAUGAGGUGACUAGUAUCAUAAAUCACUUUUGGUAAUUAUUUGACUAGCUAAUAUUUCUCUCUCUCUCUCUCUCUCUCUCUCUCUCUCUCUCUCUCUCUCUCUCUCUCUCUCUCUCUCUCUC